UGUGUCCAACCUGCACAAUAAUGCCAAGAAGUCCUUGGAGACGUAAGCCACGGCGCAUGUUUCUGCCAUGAUUUCCUUCGGUUGGUUUUCGUGGAUUUAGGUGUUGAAAAAUUAUGGGAUGUGGAUGCAGGAUUAAGGACAUGUACCUGCACUACAACGAGAGAUCUGGGCUGCUUCUUUGUGGCUUCCAAACUUGAAAUUUUUGUUUGGAAGUUAGUUUAGUUUUUUGUUGUGGAUUCACAUCGUCUCACAUGUACCAUCCUCUUAGACCUUUAGAUUUCUAAAAAAAACUAAAUGAAGAUAUGGUGGUAUGGUCUCAAUAGUACAACUUAAAGCCUUGCAUGCUUUAUAUUUUCUUUGAAAUUUGGUCUUGAAGAAUCAUGUAUCUAUGUUAGAUCUGGUGAGAAAAGACGGCUUUCAAGCAGAGGAUGGGGGAGUGUUGGCCACAUUUGAUUUUCGACUUGGGUGUAUAAAUAUUCUCACAAUACUUGUGUUAGGAUUAAUUAAUGAUUGUUAAUUAAGGGAUAAUCCCUGCUUUUACUAACCGCAGACAGUUGCAUCUGCCGCGUCGGUUCCCUGCCGAAUAGGCACCUCCCUGAACAGACGCCUUCCUAGUGAUAUCUCUUCCCUUUGUAUAAAUAGCCUUUGUAUAAAUAGCAGAUCUCAUCUAAUAAAGAGGACACCGUUUUCAUUACUUCUCUCGUUCUACUCUAACACGUUAUCAGCACGCCCUCUGGCGGAGCGAUUUCACGGCCAAACUGCCGGCAGCGAGUGCGCAGCGUCGCGAUGCCCUCUGGCCCUGCGUGGCAAAGGAAGCCAACGCUCCAGCGCUAGCAAAGGCAGCGCAUGGCGCCGCGCACACCUCAAUGGCUAUUCCGCGGCAACGCGGUGUUCCCGGCGGAAGGCGGCACCCAUGCGCGACCGCGGGCUCCCGGCAGCGCGUCCACAGGAGCGACCAACGGCCAACGCUUGGACCGGCGGCUCUGUCCUGCGCGGCAGUCAGGGCAGAAUGAGAAAGAACAGAGGUUGUGGAUCUCCAUCGAUUCAAGAAUUGAAGGCCUCAACAACGAACGCCAAUGGAUUCCCAUCGAUUCAUUGAUGAAAAAGGAAAAAGGGAAGACUUCCAUGCUCAAGAGGACUCGGCUACAAACACAGCUGCCCAGGAGGAAGGCAACGAGUUCAUUAAAGAGCCCAAGAAAAAGAAGCCUACAUCAUAAAAUUCAGAAGAGACUGGUGAUCGGUCCUGCCCGGCCCAAUGAGUUGUAUUAGUUGGAACUGCCGGGGGGCUUGACCGAGGCCGAGUAUGUAGCCACCACAAGUUGUUGUGCACAAUUGCUAUGGAUGAGACAAGCUUUAAAGGAUUAUGGUGUCACUAGUGACAAAGUGCCUCUUUUAUGUGACAAUGAAAGCACUAUCAAGAUCUCCUACAAUCCGGUGCAACAUAGCAAGAUGGAGCAUAUUGAGAUUCAUCAUCAUCUCAUCCGAGAUCACAUCUAGCGUGAAGAGAUUGAUAUUAUCUACGUCAACACUCAAGAGCAACUAGCGGAUAUUUUCACAAAGCCAUUGGAUGAAGCAAGAUUUCGUGAGUUAACGCAUGAGCUAAAUAUCAUUGAUUCGAGCAAUGUGGCUUAAAACUAGGCACACCCCACCG